AUCGUUUGUUUUUAUUUAAUUAUUUUACAAGAGCAGUCUGUAAACAUGGCUUCAAGCGAACAGCAUAUGAAAGGCGAUAUUGCAGAAUUUGCAGUACAAAUGAAAAAGAUGGUUAAUUGCCGUGAUCACAGUGACCUGAAGUUUCUGAUUGGCCCCAACAGAAAGACUGUGUACGCACACCGCUGCAUCCUGGCAUCACGAUGUGCUGUUUUCAAAGCCAUGUUUGCCGAGCAGGCUCAGAACCCGAAGAGUGGGGACCGCGAUGUUCCGCUGGUGUUGUCGGACAUGGCUCCUGAGGUCUUCCUCGCCAUGCUGGAGUUCAUCUACACCAACUGUGUGACGCUCUCGUCCAAGACGGCAGCAGAUGUUCUUGCCACUGCUUUGGAAUAUGGACUUGAUGAUCUCCAAAAGUUAUGUUGUGACUACUUGAUGGGUCAUCUGACGGUCUCCAAUGCGUGUGACAUCAUGCAGGCGGCAGUGACGUUUGGCCAGGAUGAAAUGAAGGGACAAGCACUGGCCUUUAUAGAGCAAAAUACGGCAAAUGUCUUCAAGUCAAAAAGUUUCCAGGAAAUGUCGAGUGAAUCUCUAUCGACAAUCUUGCAGAGUGACAACCUAACAAUGGAUGAGCUGGACAUCUACCGUGCUGUCAAAGAGUGGGCCACUGUAAACUCGGUUGUCCUUGGCAAGCACGUGUCAGAGGUUGGCGAGGGUGUUGUACAGUAUGUCCGCUUCCCGCUUCUCUCCCCUGAGGAACUCGCGACUCUGGAGAAUGAGAACAAAAAGGAUGGCUUUAUUCCUGUCAAUUUGUUUGCCUUGGCAUGGCGAUUCCACGCUUUGAAACAUGCUGACAAAGGUUUCCCCCACACCACCAGACGGAAUGGAACCAACCCCAGAGAGACUCACAAGUAUCUGGAUGCCUAACUAACCAGUGAAAAAUGCGCCAAACUUUCCAGUCCAUUUUAACAGGUGGCAUUUGUGUCCUAUAAUGCAUUUAGUCAAAAUUACACUCAUUGUUCAGUUUCAACAGAAGAAAAUACAUGUAUUGUUGUAACAGUGAAUUCAGAUUCAACAGAACAAUAUGUAUUGUUGUAACAGUGAAUUCAGUUUCAACAGAACAAUAUGUAUUGUUGUAACAGUGAAUUCAGUUUCAACAGAACAAUAUGUAUUGUUGUAGCAGUGAAUUCAGUUUCAACAGAACAACAUGUAUUGUUGUAACAAUGAAUUCAUUUUCAACAAAAGAACAUGUACUGUUGUAACAGUGAAUUCAGUUUCAACAGAACAACAUGUAUUGUUGUAACAGUGAAUUCAGUUUCAACAGAACAACAUGUAUUGUUGUAACAAUGAAUUCAGUUUCAACUUAAAAUCAUGUAUCAUUCAGACUGUGUGUAAUCAUUUAAACAUGUACAUUGUUUGUGUAAGAUACGUAUGACAUAUAGACAUACAGUUAUUUCGGUGUUUGUUGUUAGUACCUCAUUAUCUGUGAAAUGUAGAUAAGAAUCAUAAAUCAAAAUAUCCUGAAUUCUUUAUUUUUGUAGUGCAACAUGGACACUUUUCCGGUUCUUCUUCUUGUAUGAAAUGUUUUGACAGUAUAUACUGAUGGAAAGAAAUAAGGGGACACAUAAAUACAAUAUUCAUAUUUACAAAAUUGACUUGACUACAUUUCACUUUUUUCUUCACUAGCCGUCGGGCAUGAAGAUAGUAGGUUAUUUACUAGCCCAACAUUGAAUAUCACUAGCUAUGAGAGUGGGGCUACCAUAAUAUAGAAGCCCUGACCUUCAUCCACAGUAUCACAGUACAUGACAUUCAAUUCCACAUAACAUCUCUGUUUUUUAUUAGUCCCCUACCAAUCCAAUUGGAGGGGACUAUAUGGUUUCAUCUCCAUCAUUCUGUCUGUCUGUCUGUCCGUCUGUCCACCUAUCUGUCCCACAUAUAGUUUUCUGGAUCUUUUUUCACAAUGCCUUCAGAUUU